UGACAUUUCAGCUGUUCAGCCCGUUUGUUGUUGUUAGUGGAAUAUCAACUCUUAGCGUUUAUUAUAUGGAUGUUGAGGUCAAGCCACCAGCUGUUUUCUGGGUUGUUGUAAUUUGAGACAUUUGUCCAUUGAACAAACAGUUGGUGAGCGUUGGUUCAGCUGUAAUUCAGCUGAUGUUUGUUGUGGGGUGGUGCAGUUUAUAGGAUUGUCAAUUUCCUCUCUUAAUUCAUGUGAUUUUCCACUAAAAACCCAUUAGAAUGAAAAGUGAGUGAAACUAAAAUUUCAGUGGUCAAGAAUCGAAAUCUGCGUGAUUAUUACUGUGACGUAAUAAAUGGAUCUCUGAAAACAAAGAGCCUGCUUUAAUUAAUGUUAAUCGUGUCUGAAGUAAACGUGAUCGUGGAAAGUGAGGAGGAAAAGUGCAAAAAUAAGUCUGGCCUCUAAUAGUGAUUCAUCCGGGGACGACGGUGGACAGCCGCCUCGUAAAAAAACCCGAAGAGACAAUAGUAUUGCGAUUGACACCACCAUUAUGGCCAGCAACGGAUGUGUGCAAAACGGGGCCCCCUCGUCCAGCAAUGGGGCUUCGGAAAAUGGACACGAGGACAGCUCCAAUGGCCCUGCCGUGCAAUUGACACAGACUAAUCAGGACAUUGUGAGGCUCAUCGGGCAAUACCUCAAAAAUGAAGGUCUAACAAGAACGGCAGACUCUUUAAUGGCCGAAUCCGGAUGUCGUUUGGACCACCCUGCAGCUGCCAAAUUUCGCCACCAUGUAAUGGACGGUGAUUGGACAAAGGCAGAUCAUGAUCUGCAAGAAUUACAGAAUUUAAUUGGAUCUUCCAAUAGCUUAUUGGAAAUGAAGUUUUUAUUACUCGAACAGAAAUAUUUGGAAUAUUUAGAAGAUGGACGAGUUUUGGAUGCAUUACAUGUGUUGCGAAAUGAAUUAACACCUUUACAGCACAAUACUUCGCGAGUGCAUCAACUCUCGAGUUACAUGAUGUGUUCAAAUACGCAAGAAUUGCACGAACGUACUAACUGGGAUGGAAAGGGUUUAAAGUCUCGAACAAUUUUGAUGGACAAACUUCAAACUUACUUACCCCCGAGUGUUAUGUUACCGCCUAGCCGACUACAUACAUUGCUCAAUCAAGCACUUGAAUUACAAACUUUACAUUGUAGCCAUCAUAAUACCGCACAGCAGAUCACAUUAGAUAGCGCUUCUCUAUUAGUUGAUCACUGCUGUGCCAGAGAUACGUUUCCUACUCAUACUAUACAAAUCUUGAACGAUCACUGUGAUGAGGUAUGGUUUUGUCAAUUUUCGCCAGAUGGCACGAAACUCGCGACUGGAUCCAAAGAUACGAAUGUGAUUAUUUGGGACGUCCAUCCAGAGACUUGCACACUCACCCUUAAGAAAAUUCUCGAAGGCCACAAUUACGGAGCUUCGUAUAUCUCGUGGAGUCCCGAUUCGGUUCAUUUAAUCGCAUGUGGUCCCGAGGAGAGUCCUGAGGUGUGGCUGUGGAAUAUUGAAACGGAAAAAUUCCUCAAAGUUUCGCAAUCUCCGGAAGAUGCUUUAGCCUGCUGUGCAUGGCACAAAGAUGGUACAAAGUUUGUGGUGGGUGGGAUUAGAGGUCAUUUUUAUCAGUGUGAUAUGGAAGGUACUGUCAUAGAUUCGUGGGAGGGAGUCCGAGUGAACGGUUUGUGGUGUCGAAAAGACGGAAAAACGGUCAUUGCUUCAGACACACAUCACCGAAUUAGGGGCUAUAUCUUCGAGGAACUUUCAGAUCAUCAAAUAUUGCAAGAAGAUCAUGCUAUAAUGUCAUUUACGGUUGAUAAAAAUGACAAACUUGCGCUUUUAAAUGUUGCCACACAAGGUGUUCAUCUAUGGGACUUAAACGAUAAAUGCUUAGUUAGACGAUACCAAGGAGUUACUCAGGGUCAUUUUACAAUACAUUCAACUUUUGGUGGAGCCAAUCAAGACUUUAUCGCCAGUGGAAGUGAAGACAAUCAGGUAUACAUCUGGCAUAUUAGAAAUGAGCAACCCAUUGCUGUUUUAUCUGGCCAUACACGAACAGUGAAUUGUGUUGCAUGGAAUCCUGUUUAUCCACAAAUGCUUGUUUCAGUUUCUGACGACUGUACAGUUAGGGUAUGGGGACCAAAGGAUAAGGUGCCUAAACCAUCAGUGUCUUUAUCUAGUAGUGAUUCUAGUAAUAACAGUACUUGGAACGAAAUGAUUUCAUAGUAUAAGUGACUACUUUCAAGACUGAAACGAGAAAACAUCAUCUUUUAAGUUUUAUUUAUUCGCUUUUACAGUGAUAAGAAUUUAAGGUAGGAGUCAAAAUUGUAUGUUUGGAAUAGUGCUCCAAUGAAUGUAAUUAAGAUUAAAGCUUUUUUAAAGUAAACGAGAAGGUUUAUCAAUAAUGUUAUUACAUAGUGAUAUUAACACAGACAAUUAUUUAAAAUAGAGUGUAAGUGAAUUAUAAAAGGAAUGUAUCUUAUCUCCAAAUAAAGUUUUUUAUGUGUUC